AUGACCGAUCCACGGCCAUCUCCAGGCCAACAGAAACGCCCUCGUGUCGCCGAGGAAAACCGCAAAAGAGCUGUUCGAGCAUGCGAUGGCUGUCGCAGGGUUAAGGAAAAAUGCGAAGGGGGCGUGCCCUGCCGGCGGUGUCUGAGAUAUCGCCGCCAAUGUGUUUUCCACAGCGUCGUUGACCCGAGUCAUGGCGAGAAAAGCAGGUCGUCUUCGGCGUCUUUGCUUGACCGAGCCGCCAGUCUUGGUCGAAAUGAGAUCGCCGAGGCGGAGCGGGCUCAAUACAUGGAGCGCAUCCUCGCCCAUUACGUCCCGAAUCUCUCCUUUGAUAUCGACUCCCUGCGAAAAGCAGCCGAGGAGCUACAGAAUCAACAUCGGAACUCGGGAUCCGACGGUCCUUCCACCCAACUCGACAUUGAUGACCUUGAGGAACUCGCUAUUGAAGAUGAAGACUUCACCAUCAAGGCCCUGCCUGAUAAUACUACGCAAUACUCUGGAGAAUUCUCGUACUUGAACUUCUCUAUGAAGAUCCGAAAGAAGAUCGACGAGUGGAUGAAGACCGCACCAGAAGUAGACUUUACAGAGGCUGAACCGUUCGAGGAACGGUGGCGUGCGACGCAACUGCAGUCUGGCUCCGCGCAGGUUUCGGCGUCCAUUGCCUGUCUCCCGCCACGAUUUGUGGCCGAAUUUCUCGUCCAGAUCUUUUUCAAGUACGCGCAGACCAACAACUGGUAUGUUGAGGAGGCUUGGCUCCGGGAGAAGCUCAACAUUUGUUACACGAACCCGUCCACGCUCUCAUCCAACGAUGCGGGCUCCGUUUGCGCCAUCCUGAUGGUCCUAGCGGUGGGCACGCAGUUUGCGCAUAUGGAAUCCAGCACGCCGGUCAACCGCCUUUCAUCGACCUCUUCAUCUGCCGGGCCCGACAACGGCUUCUCCGAAGACGAAGUCGGUCUGACCUUCUAUCAGUUUGCCAGCAAGCUACUCCCUGACAUCAUCGCCACGGCGUCGGUCCGCAGUGUCCAGGCCUGCCUGCUGAUCGGCACGUACAUGCUUCCCCUCGACACAUCCGGGCUCUCCUAUACCUAUUUCGGCUUGGCCCUCAAGAUGGCUAUCCAGAACGGGAUGCAUCGGCGCUAUCAUGGGGAGGGUUUGAGCGCGCGUAUGGUGGAGAUCCGGAACCGUGUGUUCUGGACUGCAUACACCAUAGAAAAGCGAAUCAGCAUCCUACACGGCAGGCCAUCCUCUUUAUCCGAGAUGGAUGUGGAUGCUGCGAUGCCGCUAGACUUCCCCGAUCUGAUGCCCCCUGGACAGGUCUCGAACCAUACCAACAUGGUAUCCUUGAUUAUUCUGACUCUCAAGUUGAGCGAGGUGUCGAGCGAGAUAUCAUCUCUACGCCAACGCCGGAAGAACCAAUACGAUUGUCUUGAGCGACUGACCAAUCUCCGAAAAAGCCUUGUCGACUGGUGGGCAACGCUCCCCGAGGAAACCAACUGCCGCGAUCUUAACCCGGCAGGUCCGCAUUUCCGCUCAAAUGUACACCUGAAACUUGACUUUUGCCUGACGCGAAUCUUCCUGGGCCGCCCGUUCCUGCUGGGCAGGACAGCGACAUCGCAAGUGAAGACCUCGUCAUCAUCGACCAUCACCUCGAAGAACCGGUCGACCCUCGUGACGGACUGCGUGGAGGCCGCGCUGGAGAUCGUCGACCUGUGCCGCCUGCUGCGCGACGAGCGCGGGCUGGCGCGCGCCUCGUUUACCGAGUUCAGCUCCUGCCGCGCCGCGCUGCUGGUCAUCCUCGCGCAGAGCCUGACAAAGCGCACGGAGCGCCUGCGCGCCUCCCUCGAACAGGGGAUGGGCCUCAUCAAAAUCAUGUCGAUGGGGGUGGGCUCCGCCCGGUCGGCGGUCAACAUGAUCGAGACGCUGGAGCGAGCCAUCCGUCGUCUGGAGGAAUGGAGUGCCUCGCAAGCCGCCCAGAGCAGUGCAGUCGCUGAGUCGGGAUACGACCGCUUCAAGAACUGGGAGAUGCUCUGGAAGACGGGGCCUGCAUCCCCUCUUACCCUUUCUGAAACACAAAACUUGCACGCAAAGAGGAGCAGCAGUAGCACAAAUACACCAAUUCCACCCGUGCAACAGCCCCGACUUACCCAGACAAUCGAAGAGCCCACAUUUGCAGAUCUCAGCAACUUCUCGCCGCCUAACCCGCUCUCCCAGAUGGCGCAUUUCGGACUCGACCAUUUCGUCUCGAAUUUCCCGCAGGAACUGGAUGAAUUCAACGCUAUCCCGUGUUUCGACUCGGAACAGGGUGCGGAGCGAUGGAUUCCGUUCAACUAA